AUGGGUUCCCUGCUGAUGCCGCUGCUGGUACGCGUGGCGGCCAAGGCCGGCGACGCGCUGGUGGGCGAGCUGCUUCGAGCGUGGGGGCUGGACAAGGCCCGCGGGAAGCUGGAGCGCCACCUCGCCGCCGUCCACUGCAUCCUGCUCGACGCCGACGCAAAGAGCCGCACCAACCCCUCCGUCCGCCGGUGGAUGGCGGACCUCAAGACCGCCGCCUACAAGGCAGACGACGUCCUGGACGAGUUCCGCUACGAGGCGCUGCGCCUCCGUGCCGACGCCCAGAUCCGCCGCCCCUCCACCACACGCAAGGUGCUGAGCUACUUCACCGCCAAUAGCCCAGUUGUUUUCCGUCUUUCCAUGAGCAGAAAGAUGAAGCAUGCCCUUGAGAUGAUAGAUGAACUGGUCUUGGAGAUGAACAGUUUCCACUUCCUGCAACAUACCGAGGCACCGACCGUCGUUCAUCCGCAAACGCACUCUCAUGUCAAUGAAUCAGAGAUUGUUGGCAGAAAAGAUGACAAGGAACAAGUGGUGAAUAUAUUACUCGACCAUUCAGACAACAAUAAAGAUGAUAACUGUAAUGUUAUGGUGCUCCCCAUAGUUGGUAUGGGGGGAAUUGGUAAGACCACCCUUGCUCAACUUGUGCACAAUGAUCAGAGGGUGAUGCAUCAUUUUGAGUUGGUCUUAUGGGUUAGUGUCUCUGGCAAAUUCAUUAUCGAAGAAAUAAUCCGAUCUAUAAUAGAAGUGGCCAUCAUGAAGAAGUGUGAUUUGACUCAGAUGGAGGCACUCCAGAAGGAACUUUGUCAGGCUUUGGGCAAGAAAAUGUACCUCCUAGUGCUGGAUGAUGUUUGGAAUGAAGAUGGACAUAAGUGGGACGAUUUGAGAUCGUUGCUAUGCUCACAUUCUGGCCCAGGUAGUGCUAUAAUUGUGACAAGUCGUAGCGACAAAGUUGCUUCUAUCAUGGGUACACUUCCUCCACAUCAGAUAUCGCUUCUGAAUGAUGAUCAAUCAUGGGAGUUCUUUGACAGAAACACAUUUGGAAGAGAAGUGGAAAAACAAGAGGGAUUGAUUUCAGUCGCAAAGGACAUUGUCCACAAGUGUAAGGGAUUGCCUCUUGCCAUCAAGACCAUAGCCGCUUUACUUCGUUCGAAGCAUCACAGUCAAUGGUUUUCUGUUCUAGAUAGUGAUGUCUGGAAAGAUGAUAUCCUCACAGCUACUGGGAUUGUACCUGCACUACGACUGAGCUAUGAUCACUUGUCAUCAGAAGAAAAAAUAUGCUUUUCCUUUUGUGCUAUUUCCCCCAAGGAUAGCCCAAUGGAUAAAGACAUGUUAAUCCAGCUAUGGAUGGCAAAUGACUUUAUUGCAUCAGAAACAAGAGGCCACCAAAUAUUUGAUGUGCUAGUAUGGAGAUGUUUCCUACAAGAUGUCGACACUCACAAGGAAUUGCUCUUCAGAUUUGAACGUCAUGAUGCGUUCGUCCACCGGCCAACUACUUGCAAGAUGCAUGAUCUCAUGCACGAUCUUGCUGACUUUGUAAGCGGAAAUGAUUGCUCCAUUCUGCGAGAAACUUCAUCAUGUCAAGAAAUUGUGCAAGGAUCAAGCGAUGCCAGUUCAUUACAACACGAGGUUCAACAUUUGUCAGUUGAUUGUCUCACUGAAAAUACCAUUAUAGCCAUAAAGGGAAUUCUUGCUCCCCGACCCCGUACAAUAUUAUCCCGAAGUGAAUCAGAGGGGAAUGCGAGUUAUCUGACUGUGGCCAAGUCAAAAUUCAUGUCUUUACGAGCAUUGAAGACAUUAUCAACCAUAACAGAUAUGGCAAACUUAAAGCAUCUUCGGUACCUAGAUUGUUCUUAUUCUCGUAUAUCUGCAUUGCCUGGAGCCACUACCAUGUUGUAUAGCUUGCAAACAUUGAAGCUUUUUUGGUGUACAAACCUUUGGAGAUUACCAGAAGGCAUGAGAUAUAUGAGUAGUCUUCGACACAUCUUCCUUGUUGGGUGUCAUCGUCUGGACCACAUGCCACAAGGACUUGGUCAGCUAAAUUCUCUACGGACGUUGACAAGUUAUGUCAUUGAUAGUUAUGAAGGUCGUGGAAUUGAUCAACUGAAAGAUUUGAAUCUAGGUGGUGCCCUUUCUUUGAUUGAGCUGAGAAAAGUGCAUAGUGCAGAAAAUGCUAAACAAGGCAAUAUGUCCGCCAAGCAUAAUUUGAAGCGAUUGUCACUCGAUUGGUAUAGAUCUAAAAGCACACAUUUUGGAUGUAAAGUGGAUGCUAAUGCAGAAGGAAUAUUAGAGGCCCUUCGUCCUGACAAAAGGCUUGAAGUUUUACAGUUAUGUAAUUAUACCGGUGCUAAAUUGUCAUCAUGGAUGCACAACUCUACAUUGUUAGAACAACUCAGUGAACUUCGUCUAAGAAACUGCAUGCAGUGCAGUUGUCUUCCACCAUUAUGGCAGCUGCCCUCUCUUAAGUACUUUGAGUUGGAAGGUUUGCAUAGCUUGAGAAGUAUGUGUGUUGGUAAUGAUGAUACAAACAAUGGGGAAUCCUUUAUUUGUCCACCAUCUUUCUUUCCUAAAUUGGAAACCAUGAUAGUUAACGACAUGCCUAGACUGGAGAGAUGGCACCAGGAGGUUGCAGGACAAGUAUCAGUUGCAUCAUUCCCUCAGCUCAAGAAGCUAAAGAUUUAUGGAUGCCGAAUGUUAGAGACACUACCAGAGGGACUCCUGCAGCAGCUUCCAGCCCUCAAGCAACUCCAUAUCAGAGAGUGCCCCAACCUGGAGGGAGCCUUCUUCACACGGCGUGCUUACUGGGAUUUGGUUCAAGCAAUUCCGAAUAGAUCAGUUGUCCCUUACUCAAAUGAGGGAAGCCCACAGACUUCCAUUUUCGGUGGCGGAGUUAGCCCACGCUAGGAGCCUGUGCAAUGUCUACUCACUAGAGUGCUCCGGCCAUUUGCUAAAUGCUUAUUUUUUUUGCGGGACAUUUGCUUGCCUAGCCGUAAAGCAUUUGCUAAAUGCUUUGCUUGCCUUUGUGCUUGAUUCGA